GUGCGCUCCUGCUCCCCACUCCGCCGUGUGCAUUUCCGGGCGCCACCCACCGCCGGCCACCCGGACACGUCCGCCCACGCAUGAAUAUAACCAAAACCACCGACGCGAGGGCCCGAAAAUAACUUCACGCCCCGCACGCGAAUCGCUCCUCCUCCUCGCCUCACGCCCCGCAUUCUCCCACUCGUCACCUGCUUCCGAGCCCCGCGGCAGGGCACGGGCGAGCCGAGAUCCACCAUUCCACCGGCCGGCACACUGCAUUCACCGGCCGUCUCUCCCCGCUCGCCUCUGACGGCCUCGACGUGGCGCGGGCCGUGUUUUGCUGCCUGGCGCGGUGGCCCAUCUCCGGCCGGGGUUUCCUAUUCCGGAUUCGGCCGUUAUAAGGAAGGUGAUAAGGCUGAGGGGGUAAAAUUGGCAACCGGCGCCGGAUUGCCGCUAGCUGGCCGCGGGGACGCGUCAUCCCUCCCCGUUUCCCGCCGGUUUCGGGGGCACUGCCAUUGGACGCGGCGGGCGGCGCUGUAUAUAUAGCCAGCGCAUUGCCCGUGCUCGCGUCGUCCGCCGUCGUCCUCGCCGUGCUGCGCUGAUUGGAGACGAGGCGAUUCCCUCCCUUCUUGGUGGCGUCUUGAUGCUCCACGCGUAGGGUGGUUCGCCCGUGCGUGUUUCCGAUGGGGUGCAAGGCGGCGGCGGCAAUGGGCCUCAAGGCGGGCGGGGCGGGCAAGCUGAGACUCCCGUCUGUGGUGGCCGCGGUGGCGCGGUCGCGGAUGAUGAAGCUGUGGGUGCUCCGCGCCACCACCACAGUGCUGCUCUGGACCUGCCUCGUCCAGCUCACGGCCGUCGGGGAGACGUGGGGCCCGCGCGUCCUCAUGGGCUGGCCGUCGUGCCGGACGGCGCGGCUCGCCAUGACGGAGCCCGUGGCGGAGAAGGCCGUCUUGCCGCCAAGGAGAAUUUAUAGGAACAAUGGCUAUCUGAUGGUUUCAUGCAAUGGCGGGCUUAACCAAAUGCGAGCAGCUAUAUGUGACAUGGUUGCCAUUGCAAGAUACUUGAAUGUGACUCUGAUAGUUCCCGAGUUGGAUAAGACAUCAUUUUGGAAUGACCCAAGUGAGUUUCAGGAUAUAUUCGACGUUGAACAUUUCAUAACUUCUCUGAGAGGCGAGGUUCGUAUACUUAGAGAAUUGCCUCCAAGAAUGAAGCAAAGAGUGGAAGUGGGGAUGUUUCACUCAAUGCCACCUAUUAGUUGGUCAGAUAUCUCCUAUUACCAUAAUCAGAUACUUCCUUUGAUUCAGAAACACAAGGUUCUCCAUCUAAACCGAACUGAUGCUAGGCUUGCCAAUAAUGGUUUGCCCCUGGAUAUCCAGAAGUUGCGUUGCCGAGUUAACUAUGGUUCACUGAAGUUCACACCCCAAAUUGAAGAGUUGGGUAGACGAGUGAUUCGAAUUCUCCGCAAAAAUGGCCCUUUCUUGGUCCUUCAUUUACGAUAUGAAAUGGAUAUGCUGGCGUUCUCUGGCUGUACUGAAGGUUGCACGCGUGAGGAGGCAGAUGAGCUCACCAGGAUGAGAUAUGCUUACCCCUGGUGGAAAGAGAAAGUCAUUGACUCUUAUGUGAAAAGAAAAGAUGGCUUUUGCCCAUUAACACCUGAGGAGAUUGCUCUUGUCCUCAGAGCAUUGAAGGUUGACAGAAGUAUGCAGAUAUACAUUGCGGCUGGAGAAAUAUAUGGCGGCAAACGCAGAAUGGCUUCUCUUACUUCAGCGUAUCCCAACGUGGUGAGAAAGGAGACGCUCUUGGAACCGUCUGAUCUCAGGUUCUUUCAGAACCAUUCAUCACAGAUGGCCGCACUCGAUUACUUGGUGUCACUGGAAAGCGACAUAUUUGUUCCAACAUAUGAUGGGAACAUGGCUAAAGUUGUCGAGGGGCAUCGCAGGUUCAUGGGAUUCAAGAAAACAAUCUUAUUGGACCGAAAAAUUAUCGUUGAUCUGGUCGAUCGGUAUAAGAGCGGCUCAUUGCCGUGGGAUGAGUUCUCUAAAUUAAUCAAGUCCGUCCAUGCAAACCGGAUGGGAUCAGCUUCGAGAAGGACGGUGAUUCCUGACAAGCCCAAGGAAGAGGACUACUUCUAUGCUAACCCUCAGGAGUGUUUGCGCGAUCCCGACCUUCUCCGGGCCUCGUGACAUUUUCCCUGCCGGCACAGAGUGCACCAGCUCAUGCCAUUCUUUUGUGACAUGCCAUGGCUGAACUGGGAUUAUCCUGCGGCAAAUGGCAAGGCAUCGUCCUGAGGAGCUGAGCUUGUGCUAGAGAGGAAGGCCUGUGGCUGGGGGCAGAGAGAUCAGAGCCGCUCACUUGAAUGUGUAGAUGUUAUAGGGUGGGGGGAUAGGUUCUGAAAGAGGGCUGAUAUUCUUGUAUAGAUGUUGAGGGCAAGACGAUACACUUAUCAUUCCUACAGGAAAGUUUUUAUGUUGCGUUAUCGCGUUGUCCAGACCCGAUUCCUUCGGAUUGGCAGGGAAUUUUAGCUCAGUUUCUCUGUGCAUCCGGUGGAACUGGGGCUGAUCGAGUGUAAUCCAAACAUGCCCGAAUUAAAGUGUGACAAAGAACAGAGACAUCA